AUGAGCAUCGUGGUAACGUGUUUCCCGAAUCUGUAAACUUCGCGUCUGUCAUGGAGUAAGUGACAAAUGAACGAACGUUGCAUUGACAAUCAAACUCAGUGUAUGUGUUCAGUGAAGCACAGUGCCUCUGCUUCAACUGGUCCAGUAACUUUUUCAUGACACGAGUGUUAUGAAACGUGCGAGGUGUCAAAAGUUGUCGGAAGCUGAUGGAGGUCAUCGUGAAAAGAUUUUUUUCGCGAGGAUUAGGAAAACGGUGCAGGGACCCUGUGCUGGAAAGCAUGCUAAGAAAAGUGGCGAUCGCGGAGCAAAGCAACGUUUGUCGCCGCGACGAGCGAGCUUGGAGGAUCCUCGACAGAAACGGUUCGCCAGCGACAGAGAGAGAGAGAGAGAGAGAGCGGGAUCGCAUUUGCAAAUUGCGGUGCAGUUACGUGGAGUAAGUAAAAGUGCAUGAUGGAAAACGUCCGCGCGAACGCUCGACAAGUGGGCGCAGCCUCUGAAGUGUCGUCGCCAAGAAGCUAAUCGCCGUCAUGUCGAACGAGACUAAUACGACGGACGAUUUUCUCGACUACGACAUCAACGAGUCGUUCAGCCGCUUCGACUGGGUGGAAUUGGGGCCCGUUCUCGCCGUCUACUCCCUCACGUUCAUCCUUGGAUUAGUCGGGAACGUCGUCAUCAUCGCUUCCACGCUGUGUCCGAAACUAAGACCUUUGCCAGCAACACCGACAAACGUCUUUUUAGGCGGUCUAGCAACGGCCGAUCUUUUGCUCAUAAUCUUCUGCAUUCCCGUGAAGGUCGCCAAACUGUUCUCUUACACGUGGACCAUGGGUUUGUUCCUAUGCAAGUCGGUGCAUUAUAUGCAAAGUGUGUCGGCCAUCUGUUCGGUCGUCACGUUAACUGCAAUGUCGAUUGAAAGAUAUUAUGCCAUCGUUCAUCCAAUGAGGGCGCAGUACACGUGCACGAUAAGCCAAGCUCGCAAGAUCGUGAUCAUAACCUGGGUCGCGUCCUUCCUGCUUGGUAUCCCGAUGAUCUUCACACAGACACACAAAGUGGUGGGACUGAGAGUGAUCGCCUACUGGUGCGUACGUGACUCGGAAGCUGGGCUUCUUUGGCGUGCACACGAGGUCUACAUGCUCGUGCUGGUUCUCGUGUUGCCCCUGAUAGUUAUGGCAUUUUGCUAUACGGCCAUUUGUUGGGAGAUUUGGCGCGUCAUGAAGCGUCGAUACCAUAUGACGUCUCGACACGCAUUGAAUCCGACUAAUACCGACACUGAAUCGAUACCCAUGACACAAAGGCAGAAUGCGCGGAACGGACGUCGUUCCUAUCGGGAGGACGGGCAGACAGAGGAGGAAUCUCGAACCAUGAAACAGGUGGUGAAAAUGCUGGUGGCUGUGGUGGUGUUGUUCGCCAUCUGUUGGGGUCCGAUCCUCGUGAACAACGUGCUCACCGCCUACGGUUUCUUGCCACGCACCAAAACAGGAACAAUCAAACACGUUAAUACGAUCUUUCAGCUGAUGGCUUAUUUCAACAGCUGCAUAAAUCCGAUCGUUUACGGAUUCAUGUCGAAGCACUUCAGGGAGAGCUUCCUGUCCGCGGCAUGCGGCGGUUGGUGGAUCUGCUGUCCCAGAAGAGGGUACAGAGCGCCGGUGAAGAGGCAUCCAAGCCUCAGCCAGACCAGGACCACCAGCGUCAGGUACGCAGCAACCAUAAACUCGCACACGUUUCACUCGCGCGAUCUCUUUCCGCCGUUCGUGCCUAUCCUCUUUAAAAUAACGAGAGAACACAACAGGCUCAGUCGAAGAUAUCACUGUUUUGAAUUUCAGAUUGGUAUGGAUAAAUAUGUAUGAUACCCUGAGGCGGUAGACACCGCACGCAGUCGAGUCCGUGCAACCCUUAGAGUAAUACGUGCGCCCCGUGUUUAAUUAUGAUAUUUCCGACACGAAAGACGUUUCACCGGCCGCCACGUUGGCUCGCGUGGACGCGCAGCGUGAAUGCUCUGUAAUUUUCUCCAGGAUCGAGCUUAACGUCUUAAGCGGGGUAUUGCAAUGCCAGUAAACCGGUUUAUCGGCAAACGGCGGAUAUAAGAUUUAUUCACCGGUAAAUGGCGAACGAUUUCUUGAAACGUUUUUACCGGCAACUCGUCUUCCGUUCGAAUUUAUGUCUCGUACAAUUUUUCUCGGAGGCCAAGCAUAAUUCGACGUUGGAUAUGUAUUUUUUUUUAUAAAGAAUCGACAAACCAUAUAUUGUUUACGUUUGUAAAAUAAAAGUACCAUUCGUUUUUUUUUAUGUUUAUAUCUGGAAUAAAAUUGCACGAUUGCAUGAGACAAAAUAUUUGUUGAUUGAACGUUUGAACAAUCUCUAAAUCGUUCAAAUUUCGUGUAUGACGUUCGACGUGAUCGUUUGUUUUCUCCGUGCUCGCGAUUUCUACCCUCUUUUAACACCCGGCUAUUUGAAAUACAUUAACAGUAAACAGU